AUGGCUUCAGUAAACAAGCAAUCUUACCGAAGACUGAAAAAUGAAGAAGAAUUGGAGGAAGAAAUAGUAGAAAAAGAAGUGAAAAAAGCAAGGGCGUGGCUCAAGUUUAGGACUCUAGCGGGUAGAAGAAGGCCAAGGCUUCGUGUUGCAGCACUGAGAAGAUUCCUUAGAAAAAGAACCAAGCUUCUCUCUAGAUUCAGGGUUUCGUGGCGCAGGACCUUGAAGAGAUUGAAGCAUGGACAGAGUCACGUGAAUGAUCUUUUUGGAGGAAAUUUCUUAUUAAUGCAAGGAAAUCUUGCUCCUUUCAGAUGUGGUAAGAAACCUUACAUGGGUUAUGGUCCUCAACGAUUAUCGACAACUAUCCGGUAG